GGCACUUCCGGUGUCUGUUUCCUAGGCGCCCGGCCGAGCCCGGGACGGCUCGGCGUCGUGAGCGUCCUGCUUUCGCCCCCGUUCCCGGGGUCGCGAUGGCGGGGCUCAGCUCUCCCGAGAAGGAGGGUUGCCGGAAGUUGUUGGGCCUGCUGAACACCGACGACAUCCUGGCCCUGUGCGACACCGUCACCAACCGCCUGGUGCGGCCCGAGAACCGCACAGAUGCCAUUCAUGCAAUAUUAGUAUAUAGUCAAAGUGCAGAAGAACUUUUGAAGCGGAGAAAAGUCCACCGAGAUGUUAUAUUUAAGUACUUGGCAUCGCAAGGGGUUGUUUUACCUCCAACUACUGAGAAACAUAAUCUUAUUCAGCAUGCGAAGGAUUACUGGAAUAAGCAAAUAGUCACGAAAUGGAAAGAAACACCACAGCCUAUUAAGACACAGGACCUCAGUCUCUUUCAGAAGCCACAGCAAGAAGAUCAAACUGAGACUCUUGAUUUUCAUCAAUUAGGAGAAAAAUUCUGCCACUGGUUCUUUGAACUUCUCAAUUCACAGAAUCCUUUACUGGGAUUACCCAAAGAAGAAUGGGGACCUCAGCACUUCUGGGAUGAUGUAAAGCUGAGAUUUUUUUAUAAUACUUCAGAGCAAAAUGUAACAGAAUACCAAGGAGCAGAAAUUGUGAGCCUUCGUCUGUUGUCCUUAGUGAAAGAAGAAUAUUUAAUUCUUAAUCCCAACCUAGAUCCCCAUGGACUAAAAUGCGCUUCUUCCCCAUACGGUCUAGUUAUGGUUGGAGUUGCGGGGACUGUCCACCGAGGGAACUCUUGUUUGGGCAUUUUUGAAAAAAUUUUUGGGCUUGUCCGCUCCCCUUUGGUGACGAGUACUUGGAAAAUAAAAUUUAUCAACCUGAGAAUUAUUGGCGAGAAUGCCCUUGCUUCGGGACCACCAGUGAAACCAGCAGUCACAUUUGAACAGAGUGACCUGGAUACCUUUCACAGUCUAAUCGCUUCAGUUACCUGUGAAGUCCGACUUAAUGUGAGACAGGCAAUUGGAUAGUGAGACCAAAGCCGGCCCCGGAGACGAGGGAAAAAGAACUGAAUCUACCUAACCCUCCAAAGCGUUAUCCUCUGUUAGCUUUUGAAAAUCUAUACAGAGACUUUCAAAUGAGUCGACUAAUAAUGUAAGUGGUUUCAGGUGUCAAGAUUGAUAUUUUAAUUGGAAUAGUCUUUCUUGACUGCAAACUAAUAUGUGAAAACUUAACCUAUUUCUACCUGAGUUUCAGCAAAUAUUCCAAGAGCUAAUGCCAUUCUUCAAAUAAAAAUCCAUCACUUUAUAUGUUGUAACUAAUGUGUGCCUUAAAAUGCAGGUAACAUAUAUUUAUUUAGUGAGUAUUUUACUAAAAUAUGUAAUUUUCAUUUGUGAAGGUUAAUAGUUUUUAAGGUAUCUCCCUUUCAUUUCUCAUUUUAAUCUAACUUUGGAUAAAAUGUAUCUCAUGACAGCAUGGUGCUUUAAAAUUAGAG